GACUCAAACCGAGUGACGGAAGUGAGCGAGGGCGUGCCUGUUUGUGGCAGGAGCGUGCAGCAAUUGGAGGAACCAAGAAGAAGGGGCGGAGGCUGUUCUUGGAUCAACGAAUAGCUUGCGUUCAGAAGCAACGGGGGGACGGGCCGUGCACGACUGACUCUAGGGCUGUGUGGGGCUCAUGGUCCCGGGGUUCUGGGGACGGCGGGCUUGGAGGGCGCAGUCCUAGGGCUGCGGCAGCAGGGCGGGGUAGAUGGCGGCGCGAUGGAGCAGCGAGAACGUGGUGGUAGAGUUUCGUGAUUCCCAGGCAACUGCGAUGUCUGUGGACUGUCUUGGGCAGCAUGCAGUGCUUUCUGGUCGCAGAUUCUUAUACAUCGUCAAUCUAGAUGCUCCUUUCGAAGGUCACCGAAAGAUCUCUCGCCAGAGCAAAUGGGACAUUGGAGCUGUGCAGUGGAAUCCUCAUGACAGCUUUGCACACUAUUUUGCAGCUUCGAGUAACCAACGGGUGGACCUUUACAAGUGGAAAGACGGCAGUGGGGAAGUUGGCACAACCUUACAAGGCCACACUCGUGUCAUCAGCGACUUGGACUGGGCAGUGUUUGAGCCAGAUCUCCUAGUUACCAGCUCUGUGGACACCUACAUCUACAUUUGGGAUAUCAAAGACACAAGGAAACCCACUGUGGCACUGUCUGCUGUUGCGGGUGCCUCCCAGGUCAAAUGGAAUAAAAAAAAUGCUAACUGCCUUGCCACCAGCCAUGACGGCGAUGUGCGGAUAUGGGAUAAGAGGAAACCCAGUACAGCAGUGGAAUAUCUAGCAGCCCACCUCUCCAAAAUCCAUGGCCUGGACUGGCACCCAGACAGCGAGCACAUUCUUGCUACCUCCAGUCAAGAUAAUUCUGUGAAGUUCUGGGAUUACCGCCAGCCUCGGAAAUACCUCAGUAUUCUCCCUUGCCAGGUGCCUGUCUGGAAGGCCAGAUACACACCUUUCAGCAAUGGAUUGGUGACCGUGAUGGUUCCCCAGCUGCGGAGGGAAAACAGCCUUCUCCUGUGGAAUGUCUUUGACUUGAACACCCCAGUCCACACCUUCGUGGGGCAUGACGAUGUGGUGCUGGAGUUCCAGUGGAGGAAGCAGAAGGAAGGGUCCAAGGACUAUCAACUGGUGACGUGGUCCCGGGAUCAGACCUUGAGAAUGUGGCGGGUGGAUUCCCAGAUGCAGAGGCUUUGUGCAAAUGACAUAUUAGAUGGUGUCGAUGAGUUCAUUGAGAGCAUUUCUCUUCUGCCGGAACCCGAGAAGACCCUGCACGCUGAAGAUAUAGAUCACCAGCACAAUGCAAGCCACGGGGAGGAAGAAGCCCUAAAGGAAGAUCCCCCUAGCAAUCUCCUGGAAGAGAGGAAAUCAGAUCAAUUGGGACUGCCUCAGACCUUGCAGCAGGAAUUCUCCCUGAUCAAUGUGCAAAUCCGGAAUGUCAAUGUGGAGAUGGAUGCAGCAGACAGGAGCUGCACAGUGUCUGUGCACUGCAGCAGCCAUCGCGUCAAGAUGCUGGUGAAGUUCCCUGCGCAGUACCCAAACAACGCUGCCCCUUCCUUCCAGUUCAUUAACCCCACAACCAUCACGUCCACCAUGAAAGCUAAGCUGCUAAAGAUCCUGAAGGACACGGCCCUGCAGAAAGUGAAGCGUGGCCAGAGCUGCCUGGAGCCCUGCCUGCGCCAGCUCGUCUCCUGCCUUGAGUCCUUUGUGAACCAGGAAGACAGUGCCUCCAGCAACCCGUUUGCACUCCCCAACUCCGUCACACCUCCCUUACCCACAUUUGCACGGGUGACCACUGCCUACGGGUCGUACCAGGACGCCAACAUUCCCUUUCCUAGGACUUCUGGGGCCAGGUUCUGUGGAGCAGGUUACCUGGUAUAUUUCACGAGGCCCAUGACGAUGCAUCGGGCAGUGUCUCCCACAGAGCCAACUCCGAGAUCUCUCUCGGCCUUGUCCGCUUAUCACACGGGCUUGAUCGCGCCCAUGAAGAUCCGCACAGAGGCCCCUGGGAACCUUCGUUUAUACAGUGGGAGCCCCACUCGCAGUGAGAAAGAGCAGGUCUCCAUCAGCUCCUUCUACUACAAGGAGCGGAAAUCAAGGCGAUGGAAAAGUAAGCGUGAGGGAUCGGACUCUGGCAAUCGACAGAUCAAGGCUGCUGGGAAAGUCAUCAUCCAGGAUGUUGCCUGCCUCCUGCCUGUUCACAAAUCACUGGGAGAACUGUACAUAUUGAAUGUGAACGAUAUCCAGGAAACAUGUCAGAAGAACGCUGCUUCUGCCUUGCUUGUUGGAAGAAAGGAUCUGGUCCAGGUUUGGUCACUGGCUACAGUAGCUACAGAUCUUUGCCUUGGUCCGAAAUCUGACCCAGAUUUGGAAACACCUUGGGCUCGACAUCCAUUCGGGCGGCAGCUGCUGGAGUCCCUGUUGGCUCAUUAUUGCCAGCUCCGGGAUGUUCAGACGCUGGCCAUGCUCUGUAGUGUGUUCGAAGCCCAGUCUCGGCCUCAGGGGAUACCAAACCCCUUUGGGCCUUUUCCCAACCGUUCUUCUAAUCUUGUGGUGUCCCAUAGUCGAUAUCCUAGCUUUACCUCUUCUGGUUCCUGCUCCAGUAUGUCAGACCCAGGGCUCAACACGGGCAGCUGGAACAUAGCAGGAAGAGAGGCAGAGCACUUGUCUUCCCCUUGGGGAGAAUCCUCACCAGAAGAGCUCCGCUUUGGGAGUCUGACCUACAGUGAUCCCCGUGAGCGAGAACGUGAUCAGCAUGAUAAAAAUAAAAGGCUCCUGGACCCUGCCAACGCCCAGCAAUUUGAUGACUUUAAAAAAUGCUAUGGGGAAAUCUUGUACCGUUGGGGUCUGAGAGAGAAGCGCGCUGAAGUGCUGAAGUUUGUCUCCUGUCCUCCUGACCCUCACAAAGGGAUUGAGUUUGGCGUGUACUGCAGCCACUGCCGGAGCGAGGUCCGUGGCACACAGUGUGCCAUCUGCAAAGGCUUCACGUUCCAGUGUGCCAUCUGCCACGUGGCUGUGCGCGGAUCGUCCAAUUUCUGCCUGACCUGCGGACACGGUGGCCACACCAGCCACAUGAUGGAGUGGUUUCGGACCCAGGAGGUGUGUCCCACUGGGUGUGGGUGCCACUGCCUGCUUGAAAGCACAUUCUGACCCUACAGACCAUGGAUGUUGUCUGAAAUCCCAGAGGACCCAUAAAUGCCAGUGACAAGCUGUCUGCCAGGGGCAAGGCUCCAGAACCAGGGUUCAUCCCCAGUGAGAUGGGAGCCCGGUUCCCCAGGAUGUGCAGCGUCAGCUCUUGGCAGGCCUCUGCCUUCUCUUCUGUUUGCUGCCUGGCGUGGAUGUCAGUGUGGGAAGAUGAGGGCGGACGUGGGCAGAAGCGCAGAGCUGUGCUUUGUGUGUCGUCUGUCGGCUCAGCUACCAAGAUGGAAGUUUUCAUGGAGAAAAGCCCCUGGUUCCAGGGCUGAUGUUCCCCUUCAAGGUGUUAGCCUUAAAACACCAAACGGCGUUCUCCUGAUGCCAAUGUGGAGACCAGAGUCAGAUGGAAAAAAGGUCUCCUGAGCCCAAGGACAGUGGGUAGGAAUUUAACCAGCAAGUGUGCCUAAGGCAUCCUGGCUUUAGAACCUGGUACAUUUACUGAGCUGAUGGACCGUGGCCUUCUAAAAUAUACUUCAGUUGUAAGUAUGCGGUAUACCGAGCGAUUCUUAAGAUAUAGUUUUUGUUUAUUGUUUCUCCUCCACCUGCUAUUCCUUGGCUAAUAAAAUUCUAGUAAUUAUUUGAAAAAAAAGAGAAAGUUAAACAACAUUUUGGUGAAUCAUUUUUUACCUACUUCUGAUUGAAGGUAGCUAUUUUGAAUAGGACCAAAGUCAGUGCUCUGAUUUUUAAAGGAAAUGCUCAUUUACUUUUGUCAUCUGACAGGAGAAAAUAGAAUUUGACAUUUAAGGUUCUUCCCGGCCCCUAGCGUCUUCUUACUUCUUCUAGCAAAAGGAGGACGAGAUUGCUGUGCAGCCUGGAUAGCAGAGUCUCCCUCGGGUGGGCGCUGUGGCUCACGCCUGUAAUCCCAGCGCUUUGGGAGGCAAAGGUGGGAGGAUCACUUGAGCUCAGGAGUUCAAGACCACCCUGGACAACGUAAAGAGACCCCAUCUCUGCCAAAAAUUAGAAAAUAGGUUAGGUGUGGUGGCUCAUGCCUAUAAUCCCUGCACUUUGGGAGGCUGAGAUGGGAGGCUCACCUGAGGUCAGGAGUUCGAGACCAGCCUGGGCAACAUAAGGAGACCCCCAUCUCUACAAAAAAUUUAAAAAACAGGCUGGGCGUGGUUGUGGACACCUGUAAUCCCAGGUGCUUUGGAGGAUGAAGCAGGAGAAUGAGAUGUUUUUCAUGUUUUAGUUUAUUAUUGGAGAAACAUUGGCUCUCACAGCCGAAAAAAUUUAAUAAUGGGUGUUAAGAAAUUUCAAGUUUAAAAUAUUACAUAAUGUCUUCCUUCAAGAUGGAAAUUCCUUUUGAAUUUCCAAGUUACCAAAACAAAAGUCUAACAUCUUAAAAAUAUUCACGUUUGGAAACACAUUGGUUGUCUGGCUCUAGGCUGUAUCUGAUAUCCUCUCUGCCACAGAAUAGAUGAUUACCCUCUGCCUGAGUCUUUGUUUGGUUGGUUGGUUUUAAAUGCAAUACAAGGCCAAGUGAGGUGGCUCACACCUGUAAUCCCAGCGCUUUGGGAGGCCAAGGCAGGUGGAUCACCUGAGGUCAGAAGUUCGAGACCAGCCUGGCCAACAUAGCGAAACACUGUCUUUACUAAAAAUACAAAAAGUUUCCCGGCUUGGUGGUGGAUGCCUGUAAUCCCAGCUACUCGGGAGGCUGAGGCAGGAGAAUUGCUUAAACCUGGAGGUAGAGGUUGCAGUGAGCCGAGUCAUGCCACUGCAUUCCAGCCUGGGCGACAAAUCAACUUAGUCUCAAAAAAUAUAUAUGAAUAAAAGCAAUACAAGCUAUGUUUCUUAGUGGAGCAUGUGCUGGGGCUGAUUGACAAGGCUGGGGAGGAGGAUGGGAGCCAAUGCAGGAGCUUAGAGGCCUGUACGCUGCCCCAAGGUGGUUAGGCUUUUCUGUAAACCUGGGUUCUCAGUCUUCCUGUGCUCUAAUCCGCCUCCUUCCUCACACUCACCUCCAGGCCUCUUAAGAUCCACCUGUGCUUGCUUGAGCCCCUUUGCCAAUGGUCCCCUGGAGCCCCGCCAGCCACCGGCCUGUCUGGGGCAGCACUGGGAUGUGGUCCCCAUUAUUGCCGCGAGCCCCCUUCCUUCAUUGCAUGGGAAGAGCAUCCCCACAGGGCACACCCGUGUCCAGAGUGUGUGGGGAUCUCCCCGAGUGCAGCAGGCAGUCCUCCAGCAAACACUGACUCAUUCAACGCAAUCCUCAUGCCCUCUACCUGGAGAUGGUGUCAGAUCCCCCAGGUGGAGGGCUUAGUCCCACAAGGCUGCCCCCACUUCAGACACCAGUCUCAAGUCCCAGGUUGUGACCUGUGCUUCUGACCUACCGGCUAUAAAUUGGGGGUUCCAAUGAUACCUGUCUCAGGUUUCACUAGGAGAUGCGCAGAAUUCAGGGAAAUACUUUACUUGCAUCUAUCUAUCUACCUACCUACCUACCUACCUAUCUCUCUCUAUCUAUCUAUCUACCUACCUACCUCUCUAUCUAUCUAUCUAUCUAAAUGGGGUUUCACUGUUUGCCCCGGCUGGUCUUGAACUCGUGGGCUCUAGCAUUCCUCCUGACUCAGCCUCCCAAAGUACUGGGAUUACAGGCAUGAACCACUGCACCUCGCUACUCAUGUUUUAUGAAGGGGCUUACAAAGGAUACAGGUGGGUAGCCAGACUGAAGAGAUAUAUUGGACAGUCACAUGGUUGGUUCCCCUGGCAUCCAGCUCCCAUCCUGAGGCUAUCCAGGAGCCCACCAAGAGCCCACUCACUAGAACAAAAGCUGUUUCGCUCACCUACAAAAUCCCAAGGGAUUUAGGAGCUUUAUGUCCGACGCUCCUGUCACUCAGGAGAUCACAAAGGUCGUAGGAGCUCUGUGUUAGGAACCAGAUCAAAGACUAAAUCUCAGAACAAAAGAUUCUCCUAGAAGCCCUAUUGCUCAGGAAAUCCACAGGGUUGAGGUACUCUAUGUCGGGAACCAGGGCAGAGACCGGAUAUACAUUUCUUUUUAAAUCACAGGAUCACACCCAGAAAAGGAAAGCAGUGUCUCAACUCACACUCAGGUCUAUCUGACCCACAUAAUUUUAAGAAAAGAUUUUUCUAUCUUGAUUGUUUUUUCUAAUUCUGGAAGCACUUUAAAUAUUGUUACUAUCUUGUCCUGUCUGCCUCGUGUCCAUGUGAUUUCCGUAAGUAGGGCUUACUUUUAUUUUCACAAAUCAGAAAAACACAGACACAAGGCAAAAAGAGGUGAAAGCCAUCUCCUUAUGAAGGAGGUCUGGGGAGUCUCAGCACUGCUGCCCAGGGAGAUGAAGCAGCCAGAGUUAAGGAAACGCCUGGGAGGCUGGGCAUGGCGGCUCACGCCUGUAAUCCUAGCACUUUCGGAGGCUGAAGUGGGCAGACCCCAUCUCUAUAUUUUAAAAAAAUAUAUUCAAAAAAAGGGAAAAAAGCAUAGGAGCUUAUAUGUGAGGGCAAGUCUUUCUACCCACAGGAAGACAAGACAAAGGAAACAACAAGAAACGGGAAACAAACAGAAAACACAGACUAGAACGUGGAUUUGUAAUAACCCCAAACUGAAACUCUCUUAGAUGACCUUCUGCAGGCAAAUGGUUAAACUCUAGCGCCUCUGCCCUGUGGAAUGCUAUUCAGCCCAGAAAUGAAGCUGAGUUGUGGUCUAGGGCAUGUCUUGGCAUGUCACUGCCUCAUGCUAAGGAAAUCAAGGACAUGGACACACGUGGAGUGAGGUUAAGAGCUGAGGUUCAAUAGGCAAAAGAAAGAGAAGAGAGAAUAGCACUCUCUCCUGCAGAGAGAGGGGCACCCGAAUGGGAAUUCUGGCCUGAGGCAGAGUGCACCAGAUUUCAUAGACAGGAUUGAGGAAGCAGUGUCUGAUUUAUAUGGGGUCCAAAGAUUGGGUGGACUGGGUGUGACGUUUAGAACACCAGGAAGCUGGUUGCCCCGCCCUAAUCUUACGCAGAUGGGGUCUUUGCCUGUCCCGCGCCAUGUUGUCUUUUGCUUACUGUACGCGUGGUUUGGCUAAGAGAAGGGAAGAUGGAGCCACCAUGUUGAACAUGCCUAGUCCCAGGUAACCUUUUGCUAUUGGCACAGCUGCCGGCAUUCACCUGUGCAGGCUUCCAGCUUAUCUAUGUCUGCAGCUUGAUUUUACAGGCUGCUCUUUGUUAGAAAAGAAAAUGAUUUGGGGGCUGCUUUUUAUUAAAAGGAAAACCUUACCGAGGUCUUCACUACCCUCACUAUCUGCCUAAGUAAUUUCUUCUUAACUCCUGUAUCAUCACACACAGCAAUCUAGAUGACUCAAGUGAAUUAGGCUGAGGAAAAAAAAAACCAAUCCUAAAAAGUUACUGUCCUCAUUACUUUUUUUUUUUUUUUGAGACGGAAUUUCAUUUUUGUUACUCAGGGUGGAGCGCAAUGGCACAAUCUUGGUUCACCGCAACCUCCACCUCCCAGGUUCAAGUGAUUCUCCUGCCUCAGCCUCCUUAGUAGCUGGGGUUAGUGGCAUGUACUACCAUGCCUGGCUAAUUUUUUUAUUUUUAGUAGAGACAGGGUUUCUCCAUGUUGGCCAGGCUGGUCUUGAACUCCUGACCUUGUGAUCCACCUGCCUCGUCCUCCCAAAGUGCUGGGAUUACAGGCGUGAGCAACCCCGCCUGGCUUUUUUUUUUUUUUUUUUUUUUUUUUUUUUGAGAUGGCUCACUCUGUCACCCAGGCUGGAGUGCAGUGGCGUGAUCUCGGCUCACUGUAACUUCCGCCUCUCAGAUUCAAGCGAUUUCUCCUGCCUCAGCCUCUUGAAUAGCUGGUAUUGCAGGUGUCUGCCAUCACUCCUGGCUAAUGUUUGUAUUUUUAGUAGAAAUGGGUUUCACCGUGUUGGCCAGGCUGGUCUUGAACUCCUGACCUCAGGUGAUUCCCCCGCCUUGGCCUCCCAAAGUGCUGGAAUUAUAGGCGUGAGCCACCACAUUCGGCCCUAUGUAACAUCACUAUUGUAGAAGCUAACACUGGGGCUGGGUACAGGGUGUCCUGCCUGUAAUACCAGUGAGGCAAGAGAAUACAGCCUGGAAGUCGGGAAUCUAAGGGCUUCCUGGAACAAAAUCAAAUGGAAACACUUCAGCAAUAAUAGGACGUAGCCUCUUCAUUUACAUACGGCAUACACCAGGUGUAUGGGAAGCCUCAAGGCAGUAUUGAAACCACAGAAAAUUCUGUAACAGAGCCCUUGAGCCUCUUUCCUGGCUGCUUCCGCCCUGUGGAGAGUGCUUGUGCUUUCAUUUUCAGUACAUUGCCUCUUUUGUUGCCUCAUUCUUUCCUUGCUUUGUGCAUUUCAUCCAGUUAUUUGUUCAAAACAUGGAGACCCUGGACAACUUGCAGUCCAGACCCUCUGCUGGUAACACCAGCACUGUAGGGAGGCUGAGGCGGGUGGAUCACUGGAGCUCAGGAGUUCAAGACCAACCUGGACCAUGUAGUGAAACGCCGUCUCUAUAAAAAAUACAAAAAUUAGCCAGUCAUGGUGGCGUGUGCCUGUAGUUCCAGCUGCUCAGGAGGCUGAGGAGGGAGGAUCAGUUGAGCCCAGGAGGCGGAUGGAGGUUGCAGGGAGCCGAGUGAGACUGCACCACUGCACUUCAGCAUAGGUGACAGGGAGAUCCUGUCUCAAAAAAGCCUCAAAAAACUAAGAUUGGUUUUUUGAGAUGUUUCUUCGGGCUUUAAAAUUUUUUUUUUUCAUUUUUUGAGAUGGAGUCUCACUCUGUCACCCAGGCUGGCGUGCAGUGGUGCAAUUCGGCUCACCUCAACCUCUGCCUCCCGGGUUCAAGUGAUUCUCCUGCCUCAGCCUCCCAAGUAGCUGGGAUUACAGGCAUGUGCCACCAAGCCUGGCUAAUUUUGAAUUUUUAGUAGAGACAGGGUUUCACCAUGUUGGUAAGGCUAGUCUCGAACUCCUGAUGUUGUGAUCCACCUGUCUUGGCCUCCCAAAGUGCUGGGAUUACAGGCGUGAGCCAUCAUGCCUGGCCAACUUUUCAGGUUUUUGCAUUUCUAUUGAUGGCUCCAUUCCUACCUGCCAGCCAAUCCUGUGACCCCACCUGGAAGCCGACUCAUCGUGCACAAGGACCAUGCUCCACACCCCUAGGAUUGCACCCCCAACCAAUCAGCAGCACCCUGGACUGCCAAACUAUCCUUGAAAGACCUUAUGCUCUGAGCUUUUGGAGAGACUAAUUUGAGUAAUAAAACUCCUGUCUCCUCUUCAGCCAGCUCUGCACCAAUUAAAUUCUUUCUCUAUUGCAGUUCCCCUGUCUUGGUAAAUGGGCUCUGUCUGGGCUGCAGGCACAAUGAACCCGUUGGGUGGGUGGUCAACUGUGGGGAGGGGCAGGAGGUCGGGAGGUGUGUCUAUAAAAGGGCAACGCAAAGGACCCUUGUGGGGAUGGGACCUUUUCACAUCUUGACCAUGGUGGUGAAUGCACGCCUACACGUGUGAUAAGCUGCACAGAACUAAACACACACCCACAAUGGAGUAAGGGUGAGGGAAAAUCUGAGGAAGAUGGGUGGAUUGUCUGAAUGUCAGUAUCCCAAGUGUCAUAUUGUACUGUAGUCUUGCAAGAUGUUACCAUUGGGGGAAACUGGGCAAAGCGUACACAGGGUGUCUGGAUUAUUUCUUUUUUGAGGUGGUGUUUCGCUUUUGUUGCCCAGGCUGGAGUGCAAUAGCAUGAUCUUGGCUCACACAACCUCCACCUCCCUGCAACCUCCACCUCCCUGCAACCUCCACCUCCCUGCAACCUCCACCUCCCUGGUUCAAGUGAUUCUCCUGCCCCAGCCUCCUGAGUAGCUGGGAUUACAGAUAUAUGCCACCACGCCUGGCUAAUUUUAUAUUUUUAGCGGAGAUGGGGUUUCUCCACAUUUGUCAGGCUGGUUUUGAACUCCCGACCUCAGGUCAUUUGCCCACCUUGGCCUCCUAAAGAGUUGGGAUUACAGGCGUGAGCCACCGUGCCUGGCUGUCUAUGUUAUUUCUGAAAACCGUAUGUGAAUCUACAAUUCUCUCAAAAUAAAAAGUGUAAUUAUUUUUAAAAAGCUGGAGAAUGUGAAUCACCACACUUGGAUUUGAUAAACAACUAUGAACUUUGAAUAUCAACUCAGCUGUGCUAGACUCUCUGGACCUAACUGAAGACUCACCCAGGCUGGCGUGCAGUGGUACAAUCAGCAAUCAGAGCUUCCUACAGCCUCUGCCUCUGGGUUCAAGCCAUUCUCCUGCCUCAGCCUCCUGAGUAGCUGGAAUUACAAGCACCUGCCACCACACCUGGCUAAUUUUUGUAUUUUUAGUAGAGAUGGGGUUUCACCAUGUUGACCAGGCUGGUCUCGAGCUCCCAACCUCAAGUGAUUUGUCUCCCAACCUUAAGUGAUUGGCCUCCCAAUGGGCUGGGAUUACAGGUGUGAGCCACUGUGCCCAGCCAGUGGGACUUGUUUUUAACUACUUGCAAAGGGGCUUACAGACUCAUUGUGUCCUACCUAGGGCGGGAUUUGAUCCUUCAUUAGCACACUCACCCCCUGACACACACCCCAGCACCCCAGCUGCUCUUUCUUCUGGCAGAGCCACGUGUGGUGUGUGCUCCCUUGCCUGACAAGCCAAGAAAUUAUGAUCUUGUUGUGUGGGUCAUGGUAAAGAUUUUUGUCUUUCCUUUGAGUAAAGAGAGUGACAAUAGUGAGGGAAACUUUUUUUGAUAAGGAGUAGCAAUGGAGAGAAGGGGGAAGAAGGGAUGUCUGAUGUUAAAUAAUAAGCAUAUCUAGUGUCCUAGUCCGUCUUCACAUUGUUGUAAAGAACUGCCUGAGACUGGGUGAUUCAUCAAUUGACUCACAGUUCGGCAUGGCUGAGGCCUCAGGAAACUUACAAUCAUGGUGGAAGGAGAAGCAGGCACAUCUUACAUGGUGGCAGGUGAGUGUGUGUAAGAGGAACUGUCAAACAUUUAUAAAACCAUGAGAUCUCAUGACAACUCCCUGUCACGAGAAACUGCCCCCAUGAUCCAUCCACCUCUACCAGGUUCCACCCUCAACAUGUGGGGAUGUGGACAUUAUGAUUGAAGAUGAGAUUUGGGUGGGGACACAGAGCCAAACCAUAUCAACUAGUUUGUGUUCUGUUUUGAGUUCUCUUUCUGUAUGUCCCUUAUGGUAGUGGUAAUUAUUUUCCAGUUAUACUUGUGGUUGAAAAGCAAUACAAACUUUCAGGAAUAGAGGACAACCAUCAUGUUUGCCAUCACUUUGGAAAUACACAACUAAUCUCAGGAGACUAGUUAUUUCCUCCCAAGCCAGGUAUCAGAAAAUCCCACAGCAGCCACCAGGGAGAAUGCCAGUUAGCAUAUGGGAACGCCCAUGGAUAAGCUGUCUUCACAGUGGGCUAACUGGAAAAUGCAAGGAAACCACAGACACGGCCAGGUAUGGUGUCUCACACCUGUAAUCCCAGCACUUUGGGAGGCUGAGGCAGGCAGAUCACCUGAGGUCAGAAGUUUGAGACCACCCUGGCCAACAUGUUGAAACCCUGUCUCUACUAAAAAUACAAAAAAUUAAGCCAAGCAUGGUGGUGUGUCCCUGUAAUCCCGGCUACUCAGGAGGCUGAGGCAGGAGAAUCACUUGAACCGGGGAGGUAGAGGUUCUGGUGAGCCAAGAUCGAGCCACUGCACCCCAGCCUGGGCAACAGAGAAGGACUCCAUCUCAAAAAAAAGAAAAGAAAAGAAAAGCACAGACAUGAGGAUCCAGCUCUUCUUCUGUCAUAAAUAUUUUUCUCUUACAGCAACAUAAAUCACAACACGAUCUCUAAUUAUCGCCUUUAUUUUGCUACAUAAAAGAUACAAUAUAAAGGAUGAGAAAACAAUGAAAUAGAAGUGGCAGCCCUUUUCUCACUGAAUUCAGCUCUUUGCUGUCAUGGCCCUGAACUGCCAUUCAGGAGGGCAUUUUUUCUCUCCUUUGGGUGCUUCUGGAUUGAAAAUUCUUUCAGCAUUAACUGGCCCACUAUUUACACUGGUUGCUUGUGCAGUAUGAAUAGAGGAUAUACUCUUUCUUGUUUUUCCCACAAAAGGCUUUGAAAGAGUUGGAAAUCCCCUAAGAGAUGGCUGCAAGAGCUCAGCGUGUAAUUCUUAGAGCUGAGGGUGUAAUUUUUAGAACAUUGGUCUCUUCCUGAACAUUUACGACUUUAAAGCUGAGAAAUUAUUAACACUAGGUGGCAGCAGAGACCUAGUGCAGGUGAGCGGUCAGCCAUCUGAAAUGCAGAUGAGGAUAACGGUUAAUUCAUUCUAGCCUGUCUACGCUCGUUUCUCUAGUUGUGAAAUGAAAGAUCAGCUCACUUGUAAUUCAUUCUGGAUUUGUCAUGAAAUUAUUGAACAAACACAACAUCAGAAAAGCUGUUUCAAAUCCUGCCUCACCUUCAUGGGCAUGAACGUGGCUUACACGUUACUGCUAAAAUCAGAGCUUUAAACAUUAACUUGAAAUUACAUUUAAAAAUGAGAAACAUAGUUAGAAUGCACUUAUAGGUAAGGAAGAUGGGUGUGGUCACAUCAGAUCCAGGAGUUUUGUCAGUAAGGCAGGGGGACAAAGGCAGAACUGAAGUAAGGAAAAUGAGCUGCAACCAGGUACAUGUCUUUCUGUGUAUUUCACCAUUGACCUUCACACCAGCCCUAUCAGGGACACAGCUCAUCUGACAGUUCUGUGAGAAUAAAGCUCAGAGACGUUUGCCCCAGUUCACAGGAAGAACAGCAAAGCCAGGAUUGGAACCCAGCUCUCCUCUAGGUGAGCCUGACUUAUUUUGCUCUAUCACGUUGCCUUAAUGGCAAGAAUGUGUAGCUACCCUGAUGGAUACGGUUCACAGAAAACAUAGUCUUCUAAGAUGGAUCAAAGCCGGAGAGCUGAGAUAGGUAAUUCAUGUGCUGGAUAAUCGCAUCAAAUCCAGAAGAAAAAAAUCUCAGCAAAUGAUGGUCGUAGAUCCAGGCUGAAAAGAUAAGUUUUAUGAAGGGGCCGGGCAUGUUGGCUCACGCAUGUAAUCCUAGCACUUUGGGAGGCUGAGGCAGGCGAAUCACCUGAGGUCAGGAGUUCGAGAUCAGCCUGGCCAGCAUGGUGAAACUUCAUCUCUACUAAAAAUACAAAAAGUAGCUGGGCAUGGUGAUGAACACCCGUAAUCCCAGCUACUCAGGAGGCUGAGGCAGGAGCAUCGCUUGAACCCGGGAGGCAGAGGUUGUAGUGAGUUGAGAUCUCACCACUGCCCUCCACCCUGGAUGACAGAGUGAGACUCCAUCUCAAAAAAAAAAAAAAAGAAGCUUUAUGAAGGAUGGAUGCAGAGUCUCUGGUUGGAAAUAAUUGUAGAAGUGCAGGUUGAGGGCGUUUCUAUGAAAAAGACCCAGAGGUUUUGGCAAACUGCUUGGUAUGAACCAACAAUGUGCAUUUAUGGUCAAAAAAGUCAAUGAAAUCUCCAAGUUCCCCUAAUGGAGAGAGAAAAAUAGCCCAAUUUAUUCCACUUUAUUAGCCCACUUGGGAAUCAUUCUGUUCAAUUCUGGGACAUUGUUAGAGGGACAGAAUUCAAAGGUUGGGCAAGAUGGUGAUGAAUUUGAAAACGAUAUACAAUGGAGAAUCACUGCAAAAUUGGAAGAUUUUCACUGGGUAAAGGGAAGAUAUAAAGAAUAUAUGAAAAACUGACUUUUUUUUUUUUUUUUAAGAGACAGGGUCUCAUUUUAUGCCCAGGCUGGAAUGCAGUGGUGCAAUCACAGCUCACUGUAGCCUUGAACUCCUGGGCUCAAGUGAUCCUCCCAAGUAGCUAGGGCUAUAGGCAUGUGCCACCAUGCCUGGCUAAUUUUUAAUUUUUUUGUAGAGACAGGUUCUCACUUUGUUACCCAGGCUGCUCUCAAACUCCUGGCCUCAGGUAAUCCUCCCACCUUGGCCUCCCAAACUGCCAGGAUUACAGGCAUGAGCCACCAAGCCUGGCCUGAAAAGCUGACUUUUAAUGGCUAAAACUAAAUUAGAUUUAUUCUGUAGUUUCCGAAAUCAAAAGUAGGAUUAAUGGAAUCAAGUUACAAAGAUGUAGAUUUCAGCUCAGUUGAAGUGUAGCAGAAAAAAAGAAAACAAAUCAAUGGAUAGUCCUGACUUUCGGUUAUUAUGGGUAUAACAUAACUCACCUGAGAGUAUUUCUGUUUGGGGCAUUAACCUUAAUGAGUGUCUUUGGCUCUGCAAGGUAAGCUGCCUCUGGUUGCAGUUAGAGGAGGAAGACAAAAAAAAUAAAGUCCAAUUCGACAGCCUGGUAAAGUGGGAAGAAUGUUUGCUUUCCUUGGGGACCUGGAAAGUGCCUGAAAUCCCAGCACUUUGGGAGGCCCAGGUGGGCAGAUCACCUGAGGUCAGGAGUUCAAGACCAGUCUGGUCCAACAUGGAGAAACCCCUUCUCUACUAAAAAUGCAAAAAAAAUUAGCCAGGUGUGGUGGUGCAUGCCUGUAAUCCCAGCUACUCGGGAGGCUGAUGGAAGAGAAUUGCUUAAACCUGGGAGCAGAGGUUGCGGUGAGUCAAGAUCGUGCUGCUGCACUCCAGCCUGGGUGACAAGAGCAAAACCCCGUCUCAAAAAAAAAAAAAGAAGAAGAAGAAACAAAAGCAGCGCUGGGGAAAGUCCAAGUCCCUGGAGGGACUCACAGAGUGAGAAAUUUGCCAAGGUGGGUAAUGGCAAAGUUUCCCAUUCAGUUUGAAAUUAUUUCCUGUUUGGGGCCAUAAUUAUCCUCGACAACCACUAAGUCUUCAGAAAAGUCUGCCAGACUCAGUGACCUUCUAUCAGUGGCGUUUGGUGGGGGGAGUGACAGAAGAGGACUGGAGUCCCUGGUGGGUGGAGGGGCCCGUGAGAAGACGAAGAAUGUGGACACUGAACUGUGGCCAAGGGUGGCAGGCGAGUGACAGCCUGGACGGACUGCUCAAUACGGGGAGCGCUGGAGGAGGCCACCCACAGUCUGCCUUCCUUAGUUCUCAAAGAUAAAGGUGACUUCAGCAGGAUGGAGGAAUUGGGGGUAUCUGGAUUACACUAGGGGAGACUUAAAAUUGUCCAACAAUGAGGUAGUGAGCGCCCUGUCACUGGAAGAGUUCUCUUGGAAACAUCUGUCAAAGCUGUUGUAGAGGGAAUCCUUGCAUUGGUUAAGAGGAUGCACCAAUGAACCAAAAAGGUUCUUAUGAAAGCUGGGCGCAGUGGCUUAUGCGUGUGAUCCUAGCACUUUGGGAGACUAAGGUGAGAGGAUUGCUUGACCCUGGAGCUUGAGAUCAGCCUUGGUAACAUAGGGAGACCCUGUCUCUCCUUUUUUUUUUUUGAGAAGGAGUUUCACUCUCAUUGCCCAGGCUGGAAUGCAAUCGUACCAUCUCGGCUCACUGCAAUCUCUGCCUCCUGGGUUCAAGCAAUUCUCCUGCCUCAGCCUCCCAAGUAGCUGGGAUUACAGGCAUGCGCCACCAUGCCUGGCUAAUUUUUUUUGGGCAGGCUGGUCUCGAACUCCCAACCUCAGGUCAUCCUCCUGCCUUGGCCUCCCAAAGUGCUGGGAUUAUAGGCGUGAGCCACUGCACCAGGCCAGGAGACCUUGUCUCUAGGAAAAGAAAUAUAUAUAUAUAUAUAUAUAUAUAUAUAUAUAUAGCUGGGCAUGGAGGUAAACACCUUUCAUCCCAGCUACUCAGGAGGCUAAGGUGGGAGGAUCGCUUGAGCCCAGGAGGUCAAGGCUGCAGGGAGGCAUGAUCACACCACUGCACUCCAGCCUGGACAACAGAGUGAGACCCUGUCUCAAAAAAAUAAAAUAAAAACUUUAAGAUCCUUAUGAAAGAAGCUGACCACCUUUCCUGAUUCUGUCCUAUCAUUCAAAGGUCGACUUUGGGUUGGCAAAACUUCAUGGUACUCUAUAAAUUAAUAUCUAAAUCACUGGCUAUUUUUAAAAUAAUACUGAUUCUACUUUUCUAUCCAUCCACUUAGGGAGUAUCUGUUCAGUUUGCAGGGACACACUUUUUUUUUUUUUUUUUGAGACAGAGUUUCGCUCUUGUUACCCAGGCUGGAGUGCAAAUGGCACAAUCUCAGCUCACUGCAACGUCCACCUCCUGGGUUCAAGCAAUUCUCCUGCCUCAGCCUCCCGAGUAGCUGGGAUUACAUUACAGGCGUGUGCCACCAUGCCCAGCUAAUUUUCGUAUUUUUAGUAGAGACAGGGUUUCACCAUGUUGACCAGGAUGGUCUCGAUCUCUUGACCUCGUGAUCCACCCACCUCGGCCUGCCAAAGUGCUGGGAUUACAGGCGUGAGCCACCGCGCCCGGCCAUGUUUUUAUAUAUAUAUUAUUGCACUUUAGGUUCUGGGGUACAUGUGAAGAACAUGCAGGAUUGUUGCAUAGGUACAUACAUGGCAAUGUGGUUUGCUGCCUCCAUUCCCCUGUCACCUACAUUUGGCAUUUCUCCCCAUGUUAUCCCUCCCCAACUCCCUACCCCGCACUGUCCCUCCCCUAGUCCCCCCCAGCCACAGACCUCAGUGUGUGAUGCUCCACUCCCUGUGUCCAUGUGUUCUCAUUGUUCAACACCUGCCUAUUAGAGAGAACAUGUGGUGUUUGAUUUUCUGUUCUUGUGUUAGAUUGCUGAGAAUAAUGGUUUCCACGUUCAUCCAGGUCCCUACAAAGGAUACAAACUCUUCGUUUUUGAUGGCUGCGUAGUAUUCCAUGGUGUAUAUGUGCCACAUUUUCUUUAUCCAGUCUCUACUUGAUGGGCAUUUGGGUUUGUUCCAAGUCUUUGCUGUUGUAAACAGUGCUGCAAUGAACAUAUGUGUGCAUAUGUCUUUAUAAUGGAAUGAUUUAUAGUCCUUUGGAUAUAUACCCGAUAAUGGGAUUGCUGGGUCAAAUGGAAUUUCUAUUUCUAGGUCCUUGAGGAAUCACCACACUGUCUUCCACAAUGGUUGAACUAAUUUUACACUCCCACCAACAGUGUAAAAGUGUUCCUAUUUCUCCACAUCCUCUCCAGCAUCUGUUGUCUCCAGAUUUUUUAAUGAUUGCCACUCUAACUGGCAUGAGAUGGUAUCUCAAUGUAGUUUUGAUUUGCAUUUCUCUAAUGACCAGUGAUGAUGAGCAUUUUUUCAUGUGUUUUUUGGCCUCAUAUAUGUCUUCUUUUGAGAAGUGUCUGUUCAUAUCCUUUGCCCACUUUUGAAUAGGUUUGUUUGUUUUUUCUUGUAAAUCUGUUUUAGUUCAUUGUAGAUUCUGGAUAUAAGUCCUUUGUCAGAUGGGCAAAUUGCAAACAUUUUUUCCCAUUCUGUUGGUUGCUGCUUCACUCUAAUCAUUGUUUCUUUUGCUGUGCAGAAACUCUGGAGUUUAAUUAGAUCCCAUUUGUCUAUUUUGGCUUUUGUACCCAGUGCUUUUAGUGUUUUAGUCAUGAAGUCCUUGCCUAUGCCUAUCUCCUGAAUGCUUUUGCCUAGGUUUUCUUCUAGGGUUUUCAUGGUGUUAGGUCUUAUGUUUAAGUCUUUAAUCCAUCUGGAGUUAAUUUUAGUGUAAGGUGUCAGGAUGGGGUCCAGUUUCUGCUUUCUGCACAUGGCUGGCCAGUUUUCCCAACACCAUUUAUUAAACAGCGAAUCCUUUCCCCAUUGCUUGUUUUUGUGAGAUUUGUCAAAGAUCAGAUGGUUGUAGAUGUGUAGAUGUUGCCUCCGAGGCCUCUGUUCUGUUCCAUUGGUCUAUAUCUCUGUUUUGGUACCAGUACCAUGCUGUUUUGAUUACUGUAGCCUUGUAGUAUAGUUUGAAAUCAGGUAGCAUGAUGCCUCCAGCUUUGUUCUUUUUGCUUAGAAUUGACUUGGCUAUGCAGACUCUUUUGGUUCCAUAUGAAGUUCAAAGUGGUUUUUUCUAGUUCUGUGAAGUAGGUCAUUUGUAGCUUGAUGGGGAUAUCAUUAAAUCUAUAAAUUACUUUGGGCAGUAUGGCCAUUUUCAUGAUAUUGAUUCUUCCUAAUCAUGUGCAUGGAAUGUUUCUCCAUCUGUUUGUGUCCUCUCUUAUUUCUUUGAGCAGUGGUUUGUAGUUCUCCUUGAAGAGGUCCUUUACGUUCCUUGUUAGUUGUAUUCCUAGAUAUUUUAUUCUCUUUGUAGCAAUUGUGAAUGGCAGUUCGUUCUUGAUUUGGCUCUCUUUAAGUCUGUUAUUGGUGUAUUGGAAUGCUUGUGAUUUUUGCACAUUGAUUUUGUAUCCUGAGACUUUGCCAAAGUUGCUUAUCAGUUUCAGAUUUUGGGCUGAGAUGAUGGGGUCUUUUAAAUAUACAAUCAUGUCAUCUGCAAAUAGAGACAAUUUGGCUUCCUCCUUUCCUAGUUGAAUACCCUUUAUUUCUUUUUCUUGCCUGAUUGCUCUGGCUAGAACUUCCAUUACUAUAUUGAAUAGGAGUGGAGAGAGAGGGCACCCUUGUCUAGUGCCAGAUUUCAAAGGGAAUGCUUCCAGUUUUGCCCAUUCAGUAUGAUAUUGGCUGUGGUUUUGUCAGAAAUAGCUUUUAUUAUUUUGAGAUAUUUUCCAUCAAUACCUAGUUUAUUGAGAGUUUUUAGCAUAAAGGGCUAUUGAAUUUGGUUGAAGGCCUUCUCUGCAUCUAUUGAAAUAAUCAUGUGGUUUUUGUUUUUGGUUCUGUUUAUGUGGUGAAUUACGUUUAUAGACUUGCGUAUGUUGAACCAGACUUGCAUCCCCAGGAUGAAGCCUACUUGAUUGUGAUGGAUAAGCUUUUUGACUGCUGUUGUAAUUGGCUUGUCAGUAUUUUAUUGAAGAUUUUUGCAUCUAUGUUCAUUAUGAAUAUUGGCCUGAAGUUUCUUUUGUUGUUGAGUCUCUGCCAGGUUUUGGUAUCAGGAUGAUGUUGGUUUCAUAAAAUGAUUUGGGAAGGAUUCCCUCUUUUUGGAUUGUUUGGAAUAGUUUCAGAGGGAGUGGUACCAGCUUCUCUUUGUAUGUAUGGAAGAAUUCAGGUGUGAACCCAUCUGGACCUGGGCUUUUUGUGGUUGGUAGGCUAUUAAUUGCUGCCUCAAUUUCAGAUCUUGUUACUGGUCUAUUCAGGGUUUUGACUUCUUCCUGGUUUAGGUUUGGGAGGGUGCAAGUGUCCAGGAAUUUAUCCAUUUCUUCCAGGUUUACUGGUUUAUGUGCAUAGAGUUGUUUGUAGUAAUAUCUGAUGGUGGUUUGUAUUUCUGUGGAAUCUGUGGUGAUAUCCCCUUUAUCGUUUUUCAUUGCAUCUAUUUGAUUCUUCUCUCUUUUCUUUAUUAUGAAUCUGGCUAGUGUCUAUUUUGUUGAUCUUUUCAAAAAACCAGCUCCUGGAUUUAUUGAUUUUUUUGAAGGGCUUUUUAUGUCUCUGUCUCCUUCAGUUCUGCUCUGAUCUUAGUUAUUUCUUGUCUUCUGCUAGCUUUUGAGUUUUUUUGAUCUUGCUCCUCUAGCUCUUUCCAUUUUGACAGUAGGGUGUCGAUUUUAGAUCUUUCCUUGCUUCUCAUGUGGGCAUUUAUUGCUAUAAAUUUUCCUGUAGACACUGCCUUACAUGUGCCCCAGAGAUUCUGGUACAUUGUGUCUUUGUUCUCGUUGGUUUUGAAGAACAUCUUAAUUUCUGUCUUCAUUUCAUUGUUUAUCCAGUCAGCAUUAAAGAGCCAAUUGUUCAGUUUCCAUGAAGCUGUGCGGUUGUGAGUUAGUUUCUGAAUUCUGAGUUCUAACUUGAUUGCACUGUGGUCUGAGAGACUGUUUGUUAUGAUUUCCGUUCUUUUGCAUUUGGUGAGGAGCAAUUUCCAAUUAGGUGGUCAAUUUUAGAGUAGGUGUGAUGUGGUGCUGAGAAGAAUGUAUAUUCUGUGGAUUUGGGGUGGAGAGUUCUGUAAAUGUCUAUUAGGUUUGCUUGGUCCAGGUCUGAGUUCAAGUCCUGGAUUUCCUUGUUAAUUUUCUGUCUUUUUGAUCUAAUAUUGACAGUGGAGUGUUCAAGUCUCCCACUAUUAUUGUGUGGGAGUCUAAGUCUCUUUGUAAGCCAUUAAGAACUUGCUUUAUGUAUCUGGGUGCUCCUGUAUUGGGUGCAUAUAUAUUUAGGAUCUUUAGCUCUUCUCAUUGCAUUGAUCCUUUUACCAUUAUGUAAUAUCCUUCUUUGUCUCUUUUGAUCUUUGUUGGUUUGAAGUCUAUUUUAUCAGAGACUAGGAUUACAACUUCUGCUUUUUUUUGCUCUCCCAUUUGCUUGGUAAAUCUUCCUCCAUCCCUUUAUUUUGAGCCUAUGUGUAUUCUUGCAUGUGAGAUGGGUUUCCUGAAUAUGGCACACCAGUGGGUUUUGACAUUUUAUCCAAUUUGCCAGUCUGUGUCUUUUGAUUGGGGCAUUUAGCCCAUUUACAUUUAAGAUUAAUAAUGUUAUGUGUUAAUUUGAUCCUGCCAUUUUGAUGCUAGCUGGUUGUUUUGCCCGUUAGUUGAUGCAGUUUAUUCAUUGUGUCGAUGCUCUUUACCAUUUGGUACGUUUUUGGAGUGGCUGGUCCUGGUUGUUCCUUUCUGUGUUUAGUGCUUAUUUCAGGAGCUCUUGUAUGGCACGCCUGGUGGUGAUGAAAUCUCUGAGCAAUUGCUUGUUCGUGAAGAAUUUUAUUUCUCCUUUGCUUAUGAAGCUUAGUUUGGCUGGAUAUGAAAUUCUAGGUUGAAAGUUCUUUUCUUUAAGGAUGUUGAAUAUUGGCCCUCACUCUCUUCUGGCUUGUAGGGUUUCUGCUGAGAGAUCCACUGAGUCUGAUGUGCUUCCCUUUGUGGGUAACCCAACCUUUCUCUCUGACUGCCCUUAGCAUUUUUUCCUUCAUUUCAACCCUGGUGAAUCUGAUGAUUAUGGGACACACUUGUUAAUUAGACAUGAUUCCUGCUCUUUUAUGAAACAUUUUCAUAUGUACCAUCUUAUUAGAACAAAUUUUCUGGAUGAGGAAUUUGGAGCAGUGGGAAUAGCAGCUGUGAAUCUGGAGACCUUUGUUCUCACUCCAGCUCUGCUGUGUGACUGAGAGAAGACACACAACCUCUGUCAAUCUCCAGUUACUCAUCUGUAAAAUAAAGAUGCAGAACCAUUCCAGGUGUUGCAAACUCCAAAGCCUGCGGGGCUCAGGCAUGAAACAUAAGCACAUGAAGCAAGCAGGUGUUAUGAUCUGUUUCAUAACCACAUUAAGUAGAAUUCACUAGGCCGUCGCCUUGCAUGUCAAGCAUUGCACGAUUCUUCUCUUCCAUAGGGAAUUGUAUUCUCUACAGACAGAAAGAGGGGAACCACGGACACGGGCCUACUUGAGAGUGGACAAUAGGAGAAAGGAGAGGUUCAGGGAAAAAAAAACCCAACUAUUGGGUACUUAGUACGUGGGUGACAAAAUAAUAUGUACACCCAACCCCCAAGUCACGAGUUUACCUAAAUAGCAAACCUGUACAUGUAGCCCUGAACCUGAAAUAAAAUACACAACUAACAUAUAUAAUAAAACUAAUAUAUAUAAUAAAAAGUAUAUAUGUAGAAUUAUGUUCCAUCCCAUAUUUCUUAAAAUGCUCAGCCUUCUAGAUCUUUCAUUUAUUUAUCCACAUUGAUGGAGACACAGUGUAAAGGGUUUUAGUGGCACACAACAGUCUCCACUAUGGCUACUUUAAACAGGAAAGAGAUUUAUGAAAGAGAUACUGAGCCAGGCGUGGUGGCUCACGCCUGGCUUUGGGAGGUCGAGGUGGGUUGAUUACUUGAGGUCAGGAGUUCGACACCAGCCUGGCCAACAUGGUGAAACCUCAUCUCUACUAAAAAUAAAAAUAAAAAUAAAUUAGCCAGGUGUAGUAGUGUGUGCCUGUAAUCCCAGCUACUUGGAAGGCUGAUGCAGGAGAAUUGCUUGAACGUGGGAGGUGGAGGUUGUAUUGAGUCAAGAUCAUGCCACUGUACUUCAGCCUGGAGGACACAGCAAGACUCUAUCUCCAAAAAAAAAAAAAAAAGAGAGUUACUGAGUAAUUCACAGAAAUUCCAGGAAGGCUGGAAAGCCAGGCUUGAAGGCUAUGGCAGCCAGUGUGGGGACUGUCAGAAAAAAUACAGGACCCUCACGGAAAUCUGGAUGUCAUUUGGAACAUACUUAUUUGUUAUUAACCUGAAGUUCAAAUUUAAAUGGACAGCUGGUAUUUUUAUUUGCACAGUCUGGCCACCUUAGCCAAAAGUUAUGCCUAAAUGACACUCUGAGAUGAUUCUAUGUGCUGACACCAGCGAUGCUACCCAGCCCUGACUCUGAGCAGGGGAUGCCCCCCACCAGGUCUCUGCCAGCUCUGAUUCUGAAAACCUGCUGUCCCACCCUGAACCUGUUCCUCAUGGGUCCCCCUUUAUAUCAUGUCUCCAAUUCGAGGUCUUGAAAAGAAGCCCAAUAGUCAAUCAAUCAAAGGAAGGAGGCCCAUUCUCACCAGUAAUCAGGGAAAUGCAAGUUAACUCAAAAGACAGUAUUGGUGAGUCAGUGGGUGGUAAUUAAGAGCCUGGACCUUGUGGCCGGACAGUGUAGAUUUGCAUCUUGGCUUGGUGGUGUAUUUGGUGCUGUGGCUCAGUUUCCUCCUCUGUAAAGUGUGGGUAAUAGUCUUAUCUCAACGCCAUUUGAAGAAUGUGUUUCUAAAUUUCUGAUAUGCUUUGAAGUUGUUUUUUUUUUUUUGUUUUUUUUUGUUUUGAGAUGGAGUUUCACUCUUGUUGCCCAGGCUGGACUGUAAUGGUUCCAUCUCAGGGCAUUGCAACCUCCAUCUCCUGGGUUCAAGUGAUUUUCCUGCCUCAGUCUCCCAAGUAGCUGGGAUUACAGGCAUGCAUCACCACACCUGGCUAAUUUUGGAUUUUUAGUAGAGACGGGGUUUCUCCAUGUUGGUCAGGCUGGUCUCCAUCUUUCGACCUUGGGUGAUCCACCUGCUUCAGCCUCCCAAAGUGCUGGGAUUACAGGCGUGAGCCACCACACCCGGCUGCUUUGAAGUUUUUUAUGCUCUGGCAUCGAGGGCUUCCUGCUCUCUUGACAGGGUCUCCUGGAAAGAAUGUGACAUUUCUGCCCCUUAACACUCAGCCUCCCCACCAUGAUUUACUUUGGAAACCAUUUUACAAAGUAAACCAUUUACUUUGGACUCCAUUCAUCGUGGCCUGUAUCCUUGUCUGUGCCGUCAGGGCAAGUUUAGAAAUGUGUUUCAUUCAGCCAGGCCGUCAAGGCCAACACCAACAGUGAUAAAAGUCAUGUCAGUAACAUGAUGAUAGUCGGUAGGAUGCAAUGAACAAGGCACUUUGCCUCUGUGGCCAUCCUCCUCUAAACCCCAAACCUCGGGCUAGGAUCGUGAGAAAGAAAUGGAGAGAAAGAAAUCCCAUCUGGGGGGCAGCCUACAAAAUGCUUAACUGAUACUCCUCAAAACUGUCAAGAUCAUCAAAACCAAGGAAAUCUGAGAAACUGUUAACAGCCAUGAGGAACCUAUGGAGUGAGAGAAGACAACUAAAUAUCAUGUGCGAUCCCGGAUGAGACCCUGGAAGAGAAAAGGACAUUAGAUGAAAACUAAAGAAAUCUGAGUGCAGUGCGGCCCUUAGUAAUAAUGUCCCUCUGUUGGUUCACUCAUGAUGACUAAUGUGCCAUGCUAAUGUAAGAUAUUAAUAAAUAGGGCAAACUGGUCAUGGAAUAUAGGAACCCUGUACAUCUGUGCAAUUUUGUUGUAAAUCUAAAAAUUUUAUAAAAUAAAAACAUUAUCGGUA